GCCAGGCGGCAGAAGCUGUUACGGAAGCUAAGCUAGUCUCACAACCGCGGGACACCUACUUGAGCUGGGAGGUCCAGGCACGAUUCGAGCCGCCCAACUAACAUAGGCCGUGUCGUGUCACCCGUUCUACAGGCACCAUGAGCCAGGACACCGAAGUGGACAUGAAAGAGGUGGAGCUGAACGAGAUAGAACCGGAGAAGCAGCCUAUGAAUGCAGCGGAUGGGGCGGCGGCUGGGGAGAAGAACGGUCUGGUGAAGAUCAAGGUGGCCGAAGACGAGGGGGAGGCUGGGGCCAAGUUCACGGGCUUGUCCAAGGAGGAGCUGUUGAAGGUAGCGGGCAGCCCGGCCUGGGUGCGUACCCGCUGGGCGCUGCUGCUGCUCUUCUGGCUCGGCUGGCUUGGCAUGCUGGCGGGAGCCGUGGUAAUCAUCGUUCGGGCGCCGCGCUGCCGUGAGCUCCCGGUACAGAGGUGGUGGCACGAGGGCGCCCUCUACCGCGUCGGCGACAUUCAGGCCUUCCUAGGCCCGGAAGCCGGAGGGAUAGUUGGUCUGAAGAAGCAUCUGGAGUACUUGAGCACCCUGAAGGUGAAGGGCCUAGUGUUGGGCCCAAUUCACAAGAACCAGAAGGAUGAAAUCAAUGGAACCGACUUGAAACAGAUUGACCCCACGUUAGGCUCUCAGGAAAAUUUUAAAGACCUUCUACAAUGUGCCAAGAAAAAGAGCAUUCACAUCAUUUUGGACCUUACUCCCAACUACCGGGGCCAGAAUACAUGGUUCCUCCCUGCUCAGGCUGACAUUGUAGCCACCAAAAUGAAGGAAGCUCUGAGCUCUUGGUUGCAGGAUGGUGUAGAUGGGUUCCAAGUUCGGGAUGUGGAAAAGCUGAAGGAUUCAUCCUUGUACUUGGCAGAAUGGCAGAAUAUCACCAAGAACUUCAGUGAGGAUAGGCUUUUGAUUGCAGGGACUGAGUCCUCUGACCUGCAGCAAAUUUUGAGCAUACUUGAAUCCACCAACGACUUGCUGUUGAUUAGCUCAUACCUGUCAAAUUCCAGUUUCACUGGGGAGGAUACAGAAUUCUUAGUCACUAGAUAUUUGAAUGCCACUGGCAGUCACUGGUGCAGUUGGAGUGUGUCUCAGGCAGGACUCAUGACGACCUUUGUACCAGCUCAACUUCUCCGACUCUAUCAGCUGCUGCUCUUUACUCUGCCAGGGACCCCUGUUUUCAGCUAUGGGGAUGAGAUUGGCCUGCAGGCAGCUGCCCUUCCUGGACAGCCUGUGGAGGCCCCAUUCAUGCCAUGGGAUGAGACCAGCAUCUCCCACAGCCCUGUAAGCUCCAACAUGACAGUGAAGGGACAGGAUGAAGACUCUGGCUCCCUCCUUACCCAAUUUCGGCGGCUGAGUGACCUUCGGGGUAAGGAACGCUCUCUGUUACACGGAGACUUCCAUGCACUGACCUCCUCAUCUGGCCUCUUCGCCUACAUCCGCCACUGGGACCAGAAUGAGCGCUACCUGGUGGUGCUCAACUUUCAGGAUGUGGCCGUGUCAGCCAGGCUAGGGUCCUCCAGCCUCCCUGAUGGCAUGAACCUGCCAGUCAGCGCUGACCUGUUUCUCAGUACCAACAGUGCCCGGCUAAGCCAUGAGGAGGAUGCCUCCCUGAACCUGGAAAACCUGAGCCUGAAUCCUCAUGAGGGCUUGCUGUUACAGUUCCCUUACGUGGCCUGAUCUACCUGUCCAGACCCCUUCUCCUUUCCCCAGGCCAUUUGAAUUCUGUUUUUUUUUUUUUUUUUUUUCUUUUUAACUUUUGCAGAUUACAUACAAAUUCUCACACUGGGUGUUUUUGUCUUCAAAUAAAAAUCACCCCUGCUUCAUGA